AUGAAGCUAUCCGGCGCCUUUGUCGCCUCAUCGCUGUACUGCGCAGUCCUUGCAGCUCGACCCACCGUCAGCCCCGAGACAGCGCGUCUUAUCAUCGCCCAGCGCCUGGGUCUAUCGCGAUUCCACUCUGUUGAGCACGCAGACGCCGAGACGAUCAGACACAUCAACACGUACGGAGGAAGGCAACAGAAGCUGUUCGGCGGAGACGAUGCAGAGCAGACCAAGGCGCACCUGCUGGUCUGGGCAGAGGACGCUGAGCAGGACGAGGCAACAGUCAUCAUCAACGACGGAUCAGACCGCACCCAAGACUUUACCAUAUCAAGUGCGCCAUCUGCGUCGGACAAUAACCGCCUGAUCCUCGACUUUAUCGCACAAGCCGAGUCGCUGCCAGCAUACCCAGACCCCCAGCAGCGCACCUACACGUCCAACUUUGAGAUCGAUUCCGUGCUCCCACCAAACUACAAGUCCGAGCCGCACAAUGGCUACCUCAACAUCUGGCGCACCGACAAGAGCAGCAACAUGACGCCUGAGGAGCUCGCCCAGGUGCUCAGCAAGACCAUCACCAAGGCCGCGGAGACGGGUUUCUCCACUACCUUCGUCAUGAUGCCGCGUUCAGCUUCAAAGGCCAAGCGCGCUGCCCACCCCUGGGGCAUGUACGACAUCCCGUCCAAGGAAGCCCGCCGCCAGAACCCCGAGGCAGUCCUCUCCUCGCAGCCCGUACCAGCCGUCUCCAAGGUCCCUGACCUUGAGGACUUCCCCGUCGUUAUCCAGGCCGAGAACAACAAGGGACCUGUCCGCGGCAUUCUCCCUACUUGCUUCAAGUCCAUGUCGGCGUGCCAGACCCAGACCCACAACUGCUCCAGCCACGGCGAGUGCAAGCUUCUCCACAAGGGUCGGGGUUCCGGUUCCGACCAGGAGACUGUUGAUUGCUUUGGAUGCGCCUGCUCGGCUACGGUCGAGUACGAGGACGGCAAAGGUAUGGAGGAGAAGAGGAAGGUUACCUACUGGGGUGGCCCCGCUUGCCAGAAGAAGGACAUCUCGGUUCAGUUCUGGUUGUUUGUCGGCAGCGGUGUCGUUCUGGCUUUCUUGGUAUCUGCUGGUAUUGGUAUGCUCUACACCAUGGGUGCUGAAGAGCUGCCCAGUGUCAUUGGCGCUGGCGUCAGCGGUCCCACCAAGAAGUAG